AGCACAAUGUAAGAUCCCCGUUAGUUUUCAGCGAAAUAUGAUCUCCCUUCUCACUUACGUUAUGAUGUUGUAGCGGUUCUUCCGAGGAGCUGAUUUUGUUUCCGUUGCAGUUUCUGUCGGUUGAAAUAUUAGCAGGCUGGCUCUGUCUCUCUGCACCCGUCAUAAUGCAUCCGAUGCCUGUGUGCUCCGUUAGCUGUGGAGACAUAUUUGACUGUAUACAGAGAGGAAAUAUUGAACAGUGUAUUCACUUCGUUCAAAACGACCGAUCAGUCCUCAAACAGAAAGGCUGGGGUGGUUUUACCCCGCUCCACUACGCUGCCCUCCAUGGUAACCGUGCCCUGGUUGACCUUUUCCUUAGUAAUGGAGCUGACCCCAACCUGACAUGUGAUGCAGGGCAGACUGCCUUUCAUUUUGCCUGCAGGCAAGGGAACAUCUACAUCAUACAUCAGAUGAUGCAGUACGGAGCUGAUUUGCGCCUCAUAGACCUGCAAGGAAAAACAUCACUGCAUCAUGCAGUUACUGGGGGAAGCAUCGUUGCAGUGCAUUAUUUGUGGGAGACGGGGAUGUUUCGGUUCACAGACACAGACAUGUACCAGGUGACACCCCUUCACCUGGCUGCAUCUACAGGCAACACAGAAGUGGUCCGAUAUUUGCUCAGAGAACAGAGAUGUGCUGUGGAUGCAGUUGACCAGCAGGGAGCGACAGCGCUUCAUGUUGCCGCAGAGCGGGGAGGAGUGGAGGUGUGCUGGACGCUGCUCCAGAGGACAGGCUGUGGGAUGCUCUACCAGAAGAACCAUAGCGGCCUAACACCACUGGAGCUCAGCAAACAGGGGAAAACAUUCAGACAUCAGCAGCUCACCAAGCUACUGAGUCAGUACAUUAAUAAGCCAAUACACCACAAACCCAGAGAGUCUCAUGUUUUGUAUUACUGGACACUGUUCUUUCCAACCCUGAGCGGAGCUUCAAUCCUGCUGAUAGCAGCCAUGUUAGGAGGUUAUGGUGGCUUGAUCUGUGGGUUGCUCUUCCCCUGGUUGGCUCGGAGUAUUUUCACACAGUACCACCGAAUGACCACAUACCAAAGGUUACCCAACCCAAUCUACCUGGGGACCCUCAUAGCUGGCUUGUUUCAUUCCUUGCUGUGCUUCUAUGGAAAAAUAAUGCCAAGUGUGUGGCCAACCAGCGCUCUUGUCCAGGUUUCUAUGGUCCACUUCUCUUUAGUCCUGGGUUUGUUCUGUAAGAUUCUGACUCAGGAUCCAGGGACUCUGGACAGAGCAGACGCAGAUCCUCGCUUCUCCUGCAUCGCCGACCUGGUGGAGCAAAACCAGAGCCAUCACAGGUUCUGUCCAUACUGUGAGUUGUUUCCUCCCGACUUCACCAAACACUGUAAGCUGUGUGACGUGUGCAUUAGAGACUACGACCACCACUGCCUUUUCCUCAACCGCUGCAUCGGACGAGGAAAUCAUCGCCUCUUCCUCUUCUUCAUCCUCUCCAUGGUGAUUGCCCACCUUCUUUUUGUUGCCACAGCAACCAAUUACCUUUUUGACAAGCUUCCUGCAGGCAGUCACAGCCUGUCGAAGUGGCUCUCACUGCUCGGGGAGGAGUUUUGGGUUGUGGUCAUGAUGGUGAUGAAUGCUCUGACGCUCCUUUGGGAGGCGUGGCUACUGACGGAGCAGUUUGAUGCUGUUGCCAUGGGAACGACGACUUACUUCAGACAGUGUGAAAGCACAGCCAGGCAGAGGUCACUGGCUCAGCGCUGGGUCAUAGUGCUGUCGUUUCUGCUCGAGGGCAGGAGACGGGUGGGCAGCGGGCACCCAAGAGAGGAUAAAUCUGCCAUAGACAUUUAAGACUGUCGGUUUGUUUUCUGUUCAGCUGAACUGAAAUAACUUUAUGAUCUUACACCAACAAAUAUAUACUGUGCAUUCUUAGUUUACAGAGUCUGUGGUGUGCUCUCGACUGUGUAAUGAUAUCCUCUUUAGAUUGAUUUACUCUCUAAUGUCAUAAGAAGCUGCGUUUCUGCCACAGGUACUUUCCAGAGAAACUAGAGACUUAAGGGGGUACCAGAGUACGGCGACAAAGGUCUGACAGAAGUCUGAAGAACUAUAUUUUAUGUGCACAAUGCUCCUGCUGGAGGAAAAGUGCUUAAAGUAGCAGUUGGCAACAUGAAACAUCAUGAAAAAAAUAUCUGCCUCUCCCUUAUCCCACUCUGCUAUAAGUCUUCAACCAAAUGAAGCACAAAACAUGAAUAUUAACCAUUGUCUUUGUAAUUAUAUGUUCCACUUAGCUAGUACUGUUGGACUCUGCCAGCAAAAAACCCCACAGUUGAUCAAUUUGUAUCACAACAAGGUUAAAUUGCAGCAAGUGGUAUGUGCCGCGUAUCCUGUGGCCUGUAACCACUGCUGAGGCAAGUAGAGAGUGAGACAAAGCAGCAGAGCCUCUGAUACAACUCAUGUAGAAGCCAUGGACUGUACUAUACAUGGACACAGUCUUAGUGACAUCACACAUUGAUUGCUGAAGCACAGUUAUGAAGCCCAUCAAUGGCAAACGCCAUAUUUGAAAUGUCGCUCUCACUAGCUUUCAAUCAAAAAGACAAAAAGCCAGAAUUAAGACCGUUCUAGAGCCUCCAGGCAAACAGAUACAAUGUGCCCACCAUGGCAGAUCAGCCAGGCCCCUAAUUAUGAGUAACUAUCAGCCUAACAUGAUAAAAGUUAAGAGUUUUUAAAAAAUCAAUACAAACAUUUAAAGUAUAAUCCUCUUAUCCAUCUUAUUCCUAGCCCCAUGAUACUUUGUGAGAAAUGUGGGUGUGACCUCAUAAUCAGUAUUUGCAUAGCAAUAGGGAUGAUCAAGUUUUGUUAAAGGAAUUGGCGCAUAACCUAAAUACUAAACAGAUGUAGAGCCCAGUUAGAGCAUUGGCUAUUUUCUGCUAAGUUUGUGGGUUUUCUGAAAUUCUCAUCUCACCAACUAGCCCUUCUGUAAAUGUGUGAAUUAUAGUACUAUCCAUGAAUCACCUGGUCAUCACUUCAGUUCAGUAGCUGAGAACAGGGUUGGUUGUCACACUUUUUACUCUAGUGUGAAUUGCUCAUCAUUAAAACAUCUAUCAAUAGUCAUUCCUACAUUGAAUUGAAUCGUAUGGUGUUUGCUUGAACUGUGCAUCCAUCUCAUUUUAAAACUUAACCUUACAAAUAGGUAAUAAACGAUCAAAGACUCUGACCCAUUGUGACAACCAAUGCCAUCACAUGGAUGGUUGCCACACACUGUGGGGUUGUUUGUUAUAAUGUUGUUUUAAUGGGAAAAAUCUUUAAAAGAAGGCAGAACUAAAUUUUAAAAUUGAAUUUCAUUGACAAGUUGACAAAGACAUAGCUUAGUUCAUCACAAUGUACAGUAGCUAAGCUCUGAUCCUAAUUCUGGACAUUGCCAUACCAAAUUUUGGGAGACAGCCCCCUCUGGUGGCAAGAUAUAAUGAGUGUGACAACCAACAUGUGUGACAACUGACCCCAUUCACCCCUGAAUCUUAAAUUCCAUAUGAAGAAUUAAUGAUAAAUUAAUUUUACAACAAUCACAUCCCUUGUUUAAAACACAGUUGUUACAGGCAUAUAUUUAACUUUUCCACCCACAGUAACCCCCCCCCCCCAAAAAAACAACUAUUUUUUAACUGGGUGUGAACAUGUUUAUUCCUGUUGUAAAAACAGGUAGUUAAAAUGGGCUAAUGGGGCUUUGACAGCCAGCCUCAAGAGGACACUGGAGGGACUGCAGUUUUAUGCAUUUCUGUCUGGGAUAAUUUUUCAGUACUGAUGUUGCUGCUUGAUAUAAACACUGUGAUUAGCUGGUUAUUUGUAAGUAGGCUGGACAGGAUGACUUUAAAUAAAUAAAUAAAUAAACUCAGGUCAGGCACUCGCAGACAAAGACCAGGCACAUUUUUUAAAGGAAGAUUUAAAAAUUAGAUGGGACUGAAAUAUUCUCUUUGGUUAAUUGGUGGCAUCAAUCAGAAGACUUUCAUGCAUCUCUACAGAUUGUUUGGUGAAAAUGCACUCAAAAUGGACGAGAGGAGCCUUUAAUUCCCUGAGAAGUAGCCCAGAAUGGACCAAAAUAUCCAGGGUAAUUUUAGUGGAAAGUACGGACUGUCUCAGAGAUAGAUGACUGAUCUACUUCUCAUCAUUUUACAAAAAUGAAGCUAUAACCUCAGUGAUGGGCACGAACAUAUAUCUGUGGUGCUGUAAAGUUGAGCAGUAGAUUCCACUAUCACUUUGACCUCCUGCACUUCCCACUAACCAAAACACACAUUUACCUUGCUGCUAAAACAUCAAUUAUCCCUCGGGUUGGUACAAAACACAAUGCAUACGAUGUUCCAGGAACCCAUUCGUUAACAAGUUGUCUAUCAUGACAUUAAAUCCACUCAUUUUGGCGUUAAAAAGCUAGUAAUAUAAACAUUUCUCAGAAAGACAUAAAUCAUGAUAAUGAGAAUGAUGCUUUAUGGCAGAAACCAUGUUUGGACAAAAAAUAGUGAGUAUUUUGAUUUUCCAGUUUGACUUUUGUCUUGUCUGUUAAUAUGGAGGAGGUGGAACUAAUGACCCAUACUUUAUCCAGUCAGUCGAGAAGGUCCAACGUUUUAGCUUUACUUCUGGGGAGCUGUUAUGUCGUCCAUCUUAUUUUGCAGUCUGUGGUGGAAAUGCAGCUUAACAUGUUCUACUUAAAUUUCAUGUGGAUGUAUCUUAAUGUUCUAUUUUAAUAUAAAGUAGGCGACUUUUCUGCAGAACGGUCCACAGAGUGGCUAGCAGGAUUAUCACCACUGGAGUUUAAAUGUUAGCUUAGUUUAAGAGACCUCACUGAAAUCUUCUAAAAUAUAACAGUGUUAUAUUUAACUUGUCUGUUUACAAUGUUCUAAAUUAUCAGACAUUUCUAAAAACUGUGUUUUAGCAGGAAAGGCUACUGAAUGCUCAUAUUUAAAUGUGUUUUUAUAAGAUUCAUCAGCAUACUUUUUAAUGUCUUGUUUCCAAUAAAACUGUGUUAGUUAAGAGCAUAUAUCAAAAUUGUGAAAAUGUGUGUACUGAAUUAGCUGUUAUUAGCUAAUGGUUAAUAUCCCUCUUUGUUCCUAGUAUAAUGUCUUUACCCCUCUGACCUGCUCCUAGUCAUGUUGGCCAUGACACUUCCUCAGCUCACACUAAUGAGACACGCUCUUUUCAUGUCUUCAAUUAAACACUCUCAUUUCCUUUGUGUCCCUCAGGACCAUAUUUCUACAUUACAGAUGAUGUUCCCCGCUCUCCUCUGAGGAUGGUGGGUGUGGACGAUGUGAGUGGAUACAUGUAUGAUGGUAUUUAAUAUCUGCUGUAUUAUCUGUUAGGCAUAAGGAGUGCUUUUACUCUAUUUUUCUGUCAGUGGAUCAGGGUUAUACUUUAGUGUCUGGCAUUUGUCUGGUUUCCUAGUUUUAAACAUUGUACUAAUGUGUUUUACCCAUUCUGUUUUUAAGAUGAUACCUCAUUGUGCCAUAAUGGUUUAAUGCUCUAGGAAAAAUCUGUCAAAUAAAUUGCUGUUGUCUGCCAUUUUAAAUAAA